AUGUCUGAUUCUCCGGCGACGCCGGAUGUGCAGCAGCCUCUUCAACUGACACCGGAUGCACUGGUCGACGAAUUCAAGCGCCAGGGGCACUUUGAUCAGAUUCGCAAGCAGCUCUUCCAGGAGUUUCAGCAGAGCGCUCAGCUCGCCGAGUUCAAAGAGGCCGCAGAGGCGUGUAUGAUGCAGUACACCGAAAAAGAGCCGGAUCGCCUCGUGUUUCGCGACGCGCGGCUGCGGCACAGCGACCUGAUCCGCGAGCUCGAUCGGCACCCGCUGCUCGACCAGCUCGUGGAAAAGAUGAGCCGCACCGACGCAGUCAAGGCCGAGGGCGAGGGCGAGGGCCAGGCCAGCGCCGAUACCCUCCUUGGCGCGCACGGCCAGAUUGCGCAGCAGAUCCGCCAGCAAAUUGUACAAAUGGCACGGCCGGGAACGGAGCCGCUGUCGGCAGACGACACCGGUACGCCCAGCACGGAGCAUGUAGAAUAG